UGGAGAGAAAGGAGGCGAUGGAGCCAGACAGGACUCAGAUAAAGCUUGACCCCAGGUACACGACAGAUCUUCUGGAGGUGCUAAAGACCAAUCACAGCAUCCCCUCUGUCUGCUUCUCCCAUCCCCCCACGGCAGCCCAACUCCUGAGAGCCCUAGGCCCUGUGGAAAUCGCCCUCACCAGCAUCAUGACCCUGUUUGCCCUGGGAUCAAUCGCCAUCUUCCUGGAGGAUGCUGUCUACCUGUACAAGAAUACCCUUUGCCCCAUCAAGAGGAGAACUCUGCUCUGGAGUAGUUCUGCACCCACGGUAGUGUCUGUGUUCUGCUGCUUUGGGCUCUGGAUCCCUCGUUCCCUCAUGCUCGUGGAAAUGGCCAUAACCUCGUUUUAUGCCAUAUGCUUUUACCUGCUGAUGCUGGUCAUGGUGGAAGGCUUUGGCGGAGAGCAGGCAGUCGUGAGGACACUGAAGGACACCCCGAUGAUCGUCCACACAGGCCCCUGUUGCUGCUGCUGUCUCUGCUGCCCUCAGCUCAUGCUCACCAGGAAGAAGCUGAAGCUGCUGAUGUUAGGCCCGUUCCAAUAUGCCUUCUUCAAGAUGAUGCUGGUCCUGGUGGGCCUGUUCCUCAUCCCCGAUGGCAUCUAUGAUCCAGCAGAUAUUUCUGAGACGAGCCCAGCUUUAUGGAUCAACACUUUCCUCGGUGUGUCCACACUGUUGGCUCUCUGGGCCCUGGGAAUCCUUUUCCGUCAAGCCAAGCUGCACCUGGGUGAGCAGAACAUAGGAUCCAAAUUUGCUAUGUUCCAGGUGCUCCUCAUCCUGACAGCCUUGCAGCCCUCCAUUUUCUCAGUCUUGGCCAAUGGUGGCCAGAUCGCUUGUUCGCCUCCCUUUUCCUCUAAAGCCAGAUCUCAAGUGAUGAACUGCCACCUCCUCAUACUGGAGACUUUUCUGAUGACUGUGCUAACACGAAUGUACUACCGAAGGAAAGACCACAAGGUUGGAUAUGAAAUUUCUUCUUCUCCAGACUUGGACAUGAACCUCAAAGCUUAAUGUGGAAUGGCUUGGACAAUGAAAGAGAUACUAUACUCAGGAGAAUACAAGGUUUCUUCACGUCCUUCAACCUGAACAAAUGGAGUUUUUCCACUGUCAACACAGACUGGCAGAUUACAUUUGACAAUAAAGAAGGUGAACUCUGCAGUAGGAUGAAAUUGUUUUGGACCUUGCCUGAGGAAGGUGUUUCAAAUUUUGUAAUAAAUAAACAAGAUGAAGUCUGAAACUCUGUAACUGGGCACACCGCCUCCGUAGGUGCCACUGUUAGCCUUAAAGCGUGCACACUGAACUCUGAGCAUUCCCAAAGUAGGUGAAAGGGGGAAAAGUAUACAGUAGCGUGUGUGGUAAAAGAACAGAGCCAGAACAUAGCGAGGCAAAAUAGCACCAGCCCAAAAUAUGGAAGAAGCCAGGCUUCUGGAGAACAGAUAGGAAGUGUUUUUUCCCUAUAGAUGUAUCUCUAGGACACUAAUGACACUAGGCUUGGGGGAUUUGAAUCAAUCUCCCUUUGUGGGACAAUGGUUUUUGGUAUCUUCUGUAACAAGCUACAAAAGAACUUCCCUGAUACCAUGGUCAUGCAGCUUGAUUUUUGAGGAGAGAAAUUAAGAUGCAGAAGUAUUCUCAUUUACCUGUAUUUUACCUGUAACAUAAAAAGGUGAAAGUCCCAAAUACAUAAACUGCACUAUACACAUGUAUACCAGAUCAAAAACACAGAAGAUAGAACAUUAGGUAAAAUCACAUUGCCUUUAUUUGGCUAAAUGACAAAAGCCAAAAAAACUCUGAAUGGAUGAACAACUCUCAGACAGAAAAAUGAAAGACUGAAUGACCCCAACGAGGAAAUCUUCCUUGUGGACUCACACCGUUGACGGGGAGAACAUUCAUGACAAGGCCAGUAGUUCUUUCCAAGACUUUUUUCUUUUCAGGUUCCUCAAUACAAAACAGCCCCCAACUAAUCUAGUCUCUGUGUUCAGUGCCUCCCAAAGAAGGGUGAGAAAGCCCACUUCACACCUGAUGGACACAACCUGAGUCAUCCUCAUGUUAAACUUGGUACACUGUUUUUGACCUCAAUCCGAGUACUGACAUAAAACUUUGGCAGUCAGAAAAUCUUUCUUAUUUUUAAGAAAUUAACAUUUAAUACUAUAAUCCCAAGAACACGUUCUACUUAUUUAUUUGGAAAAAUAUAAGCUAGGGACCACUCUUUAUCUUAUGGCAGUCUAUUCAAUGAGAGAAAACAAGAACAAUCCUUGUUAUGAUUUUGAAAAAUAUAACCUUUAAAAAUACUUAUAUUGGUAAGCUUAAAAAAAAUACCAUUAGUUAAAAACAUUGUUAAAGAAGCUUUUUUUUCCUACUUGUAUUGGCUCAACUUCGGGUGAGAUUGUAUGCUGACAGAAAAUCUAGAAGCUAUGGCUUUUAGGGAAUUAAA